UCAGUCGCUAUUCCACUAGCAGGAAGACUGAGGUCUUGCGCGUCCUGCGCUUCUUUAGCUCGUGAGAGGUUAUGAGCCCCGUGGCCUAAAAUCGAGCAAGACUUCGAUCUGCGACUCACUCUAUCCCACUCUGCGCCAUGGCUCCCAAGGACAGCAAGGUCCCGACGCUCACCGAUGCGGCGGACUGGCCGCUCUGGCGCCUCCGGGUCACCGACGCCCUCAACAGGGACGAUCUCACCUCCAUGGUGACUGGAUCGGAAAAAUCCCCUCCCCCUGAGAUCGCGGUGACUCCACCAACGCCGACAACGUCCUCUCCCCCGUCCACGUCACCUGGCGCUCCGGCGACCACCACCCACCAUAUGCUCUGCACCACCACAUCCACAGGAUUGGGCUCCUCCUCCACCACUCACCAAGUUGCGCAGAGGGAGACCUGGUCCUGGCGGAACGCCCGCGCCCUCUCCACCAUCCGGGAGCACCUCUCGAAUGACAUCGCCCUCGAGCUCCACGAGUACCAGCACGCAAGCGAACUCUGGGAGAAGCUCGUCGAGAAGUUCGAGCAGACCAACACCAGCGAGAUGGCAGUCACCGAACUGAUCAAGAUCUUCCGCGCGAAGCUCGCCGACGCCGACGAUGGAGAC